UUUGGAUUUCAGCCACAUUAAACGUGUUUUUGUUGGAACAAAAAUUGAAUAUUUUCAAAUAAAAAGUGUGAUAUAGAUGAAAAAAAAUUAAUUUUUUGAGAAUCUUUACGUUUUUAUUUCUUUCAAUAAAUAUUAUUAAUCUUUAUUUUUUAAAAUUGUAAUUUAACAAAAAAAUGAAUUUAUUUUCUAAGAGUGAUGAAACACAAACAUUGUUAGAAAAUAGUAAAUUCAGUAUUAAGUGGAAUAAUAAAGUGCUCAAGUGGAUAUUCUAUAUAGUUUUGUUUGGCUUAUUGUUACUAGGUGCUAUAUAUCUUGUACACAUUUUUACUAAGAAUAAAAUUCAGCUAGAAUCCAAUGCAAUUCCAAAAACAAAAAAUGCACUGCACAUCACGAGUAUUGCAACCACAAAUGAUGAUUUUGUAAAGAAAUAUGCUCCUAUAGUGAAAUGUGAUCCAAAUGCCAAAUAUAGAAGUGCAAAUGGAUCUUGUAAUAAUUUGGAGAUUCCCACGUGGGGUGCUGCAAAAACUCCAAUGCUUCGUAUGAUUGAUCCUAAUUACAAUGAUGGUAAUUACGAAUUACGAUUACAAACAAAUGGAAAAGCAUUACCCAGUGCAAGAGUUAUAAAUGUAAAUGUUUUUCUAAAUCAUGAAAAAUACCAUGCUGAUGAAAAUAAUGUACUUUUAUCGCCAUUUUCACAAUUAUUAGCCCAUGACGUAUCUGGUAUGCCCAAUAAUAUUAUGUUAGAAAAGAAUGGUGCAGCAGUUGACUGUUGCUUAGUCAAAAAUAAAAUAAAAGAAUAUUUACAAUGUCAAUUGGCUAUCGAAUAUCCACCAGAUGAUCCUGUUUAUAGUGUGCAUAAUAAAACUUGCUCGACAUUAUUCCGAUCAUUGACAUCGAAGCAUUAUUAUGACGUCCCAUUACACCCCACAACGUUUAUCAAUGCCAAUUCGCAUUACAUAGACGCGUCUGAAGUAUAUGGAUCCAACGAAAGUCAUGCACUACGCCUUAGAACUAUGGAUGGUGGAAAACUUAAUUUCUCUAUUGGUGAUAAUGGUCAAAUGUUCUGUCCAUUUUUAAGCAAUCAAUACAAGAAAUCAUCAAUUGGAAAUCAAAAUAUCAAUGUUGAAUUUGAUACAGGGGAUCCAAACAACGGGAAUCAAAAUUUAGGAAUAACUGCAAUGCAAACCUUAUUCUUAAGGUUUCACAAUUAUAUUGCUUCAAAGCUCUCGUCUUUAAAUCCAUUUUGGUCCGAUGAAACCGUUUAUCAGGAGGCACGAAGAAUUGUCAUUGCGACUAUUCAACGUAUUGCAUAUGAAGAUUUCUUACCUAUAAUUAUUGGAGAAGAUUUUCAAGAAAUGUAUGGAUUAAAUAAACCAAAUAUCUAUGAUCCUAGUGUAAAUCCCUCAACGUCUCAGGAGUUUUCAUCUGCUGCUUAUCGAAUCUUACAUGCAACUAUACCAGUUCAAUUUAAUUUUAUGAACAAAAACUACAAAAUAGAAAACUCGGAAAAAAUUACAGAUUGGAUGUUAAAUGCAGAUAUAAUACCCCAUGAUAAUAACUUCGAUAAAUUGUUAAAAGGGUUUAUAGAGACUCCAGGACGAAUGGUUCAACCUUCUUAUAAUUUUUACAUAUCCAACUUCUUGUUUCCUAGAAUAGAUAAUUAUUCAAUAAAAGGACAGGAUGUACUCGAUUUACAAGAUAAUCCUAAGUUCAAUAGUCGUGAUCUUCUUGCAAUUGAUAUUUCAAGGGGCCGCGAUGUGGGCCUUCAGCCAUACAAUCGAGUUAGACAUUUUUGUGGAUAUCCAUUGGCUAAAGAUUUUGAAGAUUUGGCGGAUCUUUUACACACAAAAGAUAUAGCAAAAUUAAAAGAACUUUAUAACUCAGUGAAUGACAUUGAUUUAAUGGUAGGUAUUUUAUUAGAAAAACACAGUGAUGGUGCAAUUGUGGGUCCAACAGCGAGAUGUUUAAUUGCCGACGCUUUUUAUCGAUACAAAGCUGGUGAUCGAUUUUUCUACGAUGUACGAGGGCAGCCCGGUAGCUUCACAGAAGAUCAAUUGAAAGUAAUAAAGAAAAUUACUCUGGGUCAUGUUAUAUGUGCAACUUCAAACGUAGACCUUGUUCAAAAUGAUAUAUUUAAGACAAUCGAUCAUAAUUUAUUCCCCACACUCAAAGAAAAAUGUGACAAGGACUUCUAUUUGGACUUUAAAAACUGGCAUGAAUCAAAUGGUCGACCAGAAUUAGUUUCGCCGACUACUGAUGGUAAAUGUCCGAAUUUCGGACAUUUACCAAUUGAUUUCGAAUCGUCUAUAAAAAUGGAUUAUCUACAUUCAAUUGGUGAAUCAAAACCAUUAUUCAAGAAAAAUAAUAAACUUUUGAAAUGGAACCAAAAAUUGUUCAAGUGGCCUUGCAACGUAAUUUUGUAUGGCAUAAUGUUACUGGGUGCUGUUUAUAUUAUCUUAUACAUUUUUACUAACUAUGACAUACAAUCAAAAUUCAGUGAUACUCCAAAAGUACUAUUACAGAAAAAACAUCCAUUACAUAUCACGAGUAUUGCAACCACAAAUGAUGAUUUCUUAAAGAAAUGUGCUCCUAUAGUGCAAUGUGAUAAAAACACCAAAUACAGAAGUAUAAACGGAUCUUGUAAUAAUUUGAAGACAAAUACGUGGGGUGCAGCAAAAACGCCAUUUCCUCGGUUACUUGAUGCUAAUUUUAGCGAUGAUUAUUACGAAUUACGAGUACAGAAAAAUGGAAGUGCAUUACCCUACCCAAGAGUGCUCGAUGUUAACAUAUUUCUGAACCGUGAAAUUUAUAGAGUCGAUGAAAAUAAUGUACUUUUAUUGCCAUUCGGGCAAUUAUUAGCUCAUGACAUAUCGGGUAUGCCCAAUGAUAUAAUUUCAGAUGAAAAUGGUGAUGCAAUAGAUUGUUGUUUGACUGAAAUAGAAAAUUAUACUCAAUGUCAAAUAGUUCUAUUCAGUUUACCUGACGAUCCUGUUUAUGGUGUAUACAAUAAAAGUUGUUCGUCUACAUUCCGAUCGCUGACAUCAAGAAAUUAUAGUUGUCCGUUAUAUCCUACAGAAUUUAUCAAUGAAAAUUCUCAUUUUAUCGACGCGUCUGAAGUGUAUGGAUCCGACGACAAUUAUGCACUACAUCUUAGAGCCAUGGAGGGUGGAAGACUUAAGUAUUCCAUAAGCGACAAUGGUCAAGUGUUUUGUCCGUUUCUAAUCAAUCAAAAUAAGGCAUCAAUCCGAAAUAAAAAUGACCAUCAUAUUAAAUACGAUACAGGGGAUCCAAACAACGGGAAUCAAAAUUUAGGAAUAACAGCAAUGCAGACUUUAUUUUUAAGAUUUCAUAAUUAUAUCGCUUUUAAGCUCUCGUCUUUAAAUCCAUUUUGGUCUGAUGAAAUUAUUUAUCAAGAGUCACGAAGAAUUGUCAUCGCAACUAUUCAACGUAUCGCGUAUGAAGAUUUCUUACCGAUUAUUAUUGGGAAUGAUUUUCAAGAAAUGUAUGGAUUAAAUGAAGAAAAUAUCUACGAUCCUACCAUAAAUCCAUCUACAUCCCUCGAAUUCUCAAGUGCCGCAAGUCGAGUUCUUCACGCUAUUAUACCAGUUGAGUUCAAUUUUAUGAACAAAAACUACGAAGUAGAAAAUUCAGUAAAAAUUACGGAUUGGAUGACUAAAUCAGACCUAAUACCUCUAGGCGAUAAUUUUGAUAAACUGUUAAAAGGUUUUAUAGAGACUCCUGGUCGAAUGGUUCAACCUUCAUAUAAUUUUUAUAUAUCUAAUUAUAUGUUUCCUCUGCCAAACAACCCUCAAUACAAUGGUCGUGAUCUACUUGCAAUCGAUAUUGCAAGGGGCCGUGAUGUAGGUCUCCAACCAUACAAUAAAGUUAGACAUUUUUGUGGGUAUCCGUUGGCUAAACAUUUUAAAGACUUGGCGGAUCUUAUACAUAUAAAAGACAUUAUCAAAUUAAAAAACAAUUAUUAUUCGGUUGAUGAUAUCGACUUAAUGGUGGGAAUUCUAUUAGAAAAACACAGUGAUGGUGCAAUUGUGGGUCCAACAGCGAGAUGUUUAAUUGCCGACGCUUUUUAUCGAUACAAAGCUGGUGAUCGAUUUUUCUACGAUGUACGAGGGCAGCCCGGUAGCUUCACAGAUGAUCAAUUGAAAGUAAUAAAGAAAAUUACUCUUGGUCAUGUUAUAUGUGCAACUUCAAACGUAGACCUUGUUCAAAAGGAUAUUUUUAAAACAAUCGAUCACAAUUUAUUUCCAAACAUCAAAAUGAAAUGUGAUGAGGAGUUUAAUAUAAACUUUGAAGUCUGGGAAAAAGUAAACGAUUCUCCAGAGUUGUGAAUUAAUUUUAGCGUUAAGAUAAAUAUUUAUUGUUCAUUAUACAUAAUGUAAUACAAUUUACUAUGUUAACUGUUAAGUCUAUUAUAAUUUACUCAGUUUGGAUAUGUAAGUAGGUGGUAGAUACUAGGUACCUACCUAUAGUAUUUUAAUUAUCAUUGAUAUUUAGUUAUGUAUAAACUAUAAAUACAUAAAUGUAUGAUUCCUAGUGGUUAAUUUAAUAAACUACAUUCUAUUUUUAUUAUUAUUAAA